AUGACAUCGCGUAGGCCAUCGGCAGCGGCGCGGCGGGAUAACACCACGAUCCCGGAAUCGCUGAGCAACAAGCGGCUGCGCUCGCGUGAACUCCAGCAGGGGGAUACGAAUACGGAAGCCGCAGUGGCCGCGUCGGUUUCCGCAUGGGGCUCGCGGCUGCCAUGCGUCAAAGAUGAGCCCGCGCCGAAUGACGCGCUGACUGCUCUACUCAACGCACCAUCUUCAACGACUUUUAAGACGGUGUCUCUGUAUAACCACAUGGGUGUGGGCUGUCAAGUGAAUGCGCACGACGCCUUGACGCUCGCCGACAAGAAAUAUAUGGGGGACGCGGUCGCCGAUUUCCAUAACAUGUGCCCAAGGUGUCCGAACGGGAAAUCAUGGGUGGUCCUUGACAGCAAGGCGUAUGCGUAUGCCAAGAUUCACGGGAAGGCGAUUGGGAGGUGCACGGGCCCGUCUGUGUUCGAGUACGAUUACAUCGCCGUCCCGGUAUUUGCCGGGUUAUUGCACCUCAUGUGCAAACGCGAUCAUCCGGAGGUGGACCAGGAGGCGUCUAGGCAAGCGCUCAUCAAGGCCAAAACGAUAAUCAUGGAGCUACAACGCCAAGAUCUCCGCAUACCUCUGCAGCCUGUUCCCGUUAUCAACGACAACGGAUACAUAUGCGUCGACCCUCCUGUGGACAUCCGAAGAGAGCUGCUAGACCACAAGGAGAAGUUCGCUGUGAUUGAGCACGACAUACAGGUUCUGACGGCCAAGAUCGAGUAUCUGGCCAUCCGCAAAGGCGUGACGACGGACGAGCUGGACACAGGGGCGCGCCAACACCAGGGUGCCGUGGUCGACACGCUGGUGCCGACGGCGACUCCACGCAAGCACGCCAAAGCAGAACCUACCGCGGACGGAAUUGGCCAGAAGGAGGUCGCGCAGACUCCUCCGACGCGUGCACUGGCGGCAGUGCCAUCAAUCUCUCCCUGUCCUGCACCUCACACACCUGCCGUGAAAGAUAGCCAAGUUACUGCCGGCGACGCAACACCUGCUGUGGUCAGGCAACAACAGCGCGACCAUCUUGCAGAGGCUUUGCGCAGCCGCGCUAAGACUCCCGUGCCCGCAGCUCCAGGUAACCCCGGAAGGGUCGCAAGCAGCGGCCGAACGGGAGCUAUGUGGAACGCAGCGAAGCAGAGGUACUACGUCCGGAUCAUAUCUGCUUGCCGCCAGCAGGUUCGUCUGGGGUCGUACGAGGACAAGGACGAGGCGUCAUACGCGUAUGCUGCGGGAGCCGUUGUACUUCGCCCGAACUCACGCAUCAGCUGCACGGUGGAGCUGUCCGACGAGACUCGAGAAGUGCCGCUGCAGAUAUGCAGCGCCAAGGCUGUCGGGGCCGUCGACGCGGAGGCAGCCUGCACGCCCAUUGUCGCCAGCGCACCACAAGGGGAGGAGGACACAGAGGCCGUGAAGGAACGCCUGAUAGACGAGUUAAUGGAAGGCAAAGAUGAGGACGACGAGGAGGGAAACGGUGGUGGUCAGUCGUCAAGCAACGAUCCGUGUGGCGAGAACGGAUCAGAGGAGGAGCAGACCACAAAAGCGCCACAUUCGAGGAAGCGGAUAGAAGCAGCAGAUGGCCAAGUCACACGCGAGGAAUUUGAUGCGUUGCGUGAUUCCCAGAAUGAUACCGCGGAGACACUGGCUCGUCUGGAGUCACACGUACUGACCAUCAUCCGCCUUGGCGAAGGGCGUAAGCGCAAGCGGGCGUCCACAAGUGCCGCAACCUCGCUCGGCCGGGAAGCUUCGAAGCGGAAACGCCAGUCAGAUGAUGACGAAGAAUCCACGUGCGAUGAGGACGAGUUGCCGGCGAAAGUGGCAUGGCACGCGCAUCACGACAAGUCGCCAGUGCUCCAAACCGCCCUUGACAUCCUUCCAGCGGAGAAGGCUUGGAAGGGGCACGUAAGACGGAGCGCACUGGGGAGCGUGCCCGAAAGAGAUAUUGCGUCCCCGUCCCAGACGAUGGUGCGUGUUCGCAUGUCAUAUGGCCGGAGCAAUUAUGGCCGCAACUCCUGUGUCGUGCCAUAG